GAAUCGAGCUCAGUCCCGAGUGAACUUUGAACCGAUACGGAACGCCAAAAAGUCGCGGCUGCUACGUUUCUCCGGUGGUGGUGGUUGUGGUAGUAGUGCCAUCCAAGAGAACGUUCCAAACCAGAAUGCAAUCCCGUUGUUAAUUGUUUCUGUGAGCAGAGCAAGUGUGUAUGUUUAGUGUGUCGAGACGAGAGCACUCGGCAUAAAUGAGGGGAAGGAGGGGUGAUUGCAGGAAAAUGUGAUGAACGUCAUCCGGGAGAAUAAGUCACUUUCCGGGUGCCUUAUCAGAAGGAUAGUGUUCAUCGGCAUGUGAUAUGGGAGAUGGAACAGCCCAAUUCCAAUGAAUCAGAGGGUGAUGUAUCGUGUUUGUCGGCAGUAUGUUAACGACUCAUUCACUCUGAUUUACGAUCAGUGACAGACGGAAGGGACCGGUUCCUGUAGUUCCCGAUGAACAGCACAUGUUGUUCCAACGUGACUCCGAUGGCAGUGUGAAGUGCAUACACCGAAGGUCACUUACCAGAUCCGCUUUUCGAGGGUUGGAUUUUGCAAAGCAAUCUAAUUGCACUUUGUCGACUCCUACCCUGUUUUAGAUGCGACCGUGUGUAAACCGGAAACAGAAACAAAGCUGAUCAAACAUUUGAUUCACCAGGAUAGCAGAAGAAAAAAAACAAGCAAACACAACCACAUUUAUAGCUGAUAAACGUGCAGAACGUGACAGUGCAUACGCGUUUACAUAAACCAGUGUAUUCGUUUAGUGGAUGACAGGAAAAAACAACAGCAUGGAGGCAGCUGAUUAAACGACCAGAUAACAGGACUGCCAGACGACACAGAUCUGCAUCAUCGGAGUGCUCCGUCGGCGUUUAUUGGAGUACGACUACCCACGCCGGCAGAGAAAAAAAAACAACAACAACAACCGGAAACAUAAAUCGACAAACAUGUCACUCACCGUGAGGAUCAACAAAUUCCAGCUGCCGAAGGCGAAAACCAACCUGCUCGGUCGAGUCGAGUUUCGAGGAGUUGCACACACGACCACCGAACUGAAUUGCAGCACCGAGUUUGUCGAUGUUAAUCAGAGCUUCAUCUGGCCACUGGCCCGGCCGGCCGACGAGGACGAAACGGUGAUCGUGGAACUGCGGCAGCAAACAACUAAAAUCCUGCUGAAAACCGGCAUCGGAGGAUCGGCGACGAGUCGCGGUGGCAGCCGGGGCACCAUCACCAGCAGCACGAAAAUCAUUGGCCGGUUCGUGCUGCUAAUGCAAGGUCUGAUGAAGGAAGGUCGAUUACACAUUCAGGAUCGGCUUGUGGACCUCUGCAACAAACCAAUCGACGCAUUCGUCAGUUUCGAUGUGUGCUAUCAGAGUCCCGACGACGAAGCAGGUAACUUCGAAUCGUCCCACGUGGUGAAAAGUCUGAACCAGCAGCGAUCCAACAGUAUCGACGACGAUCAGCAGAUGUUGCUAGACAUCGAGAAGAACAUCGCCAACCUGGAGAAAAGUAUGAAAGGAGAAAGCACAGCCGGUAGGAGUUCCCUUUCCGGUGCCGGAGCUGGACCCGACCAGGGAAGUAGUAGCAAGUCGAACAUUCUGAAACGGGUCAUGUCCUCCGGAUCGACGUCGCUGCAUGAGAAAAGCCAACCACCGGCCAAAUACGAUCGAGCUUCCUCGGACAAUGAGUCAUCUUCGAAACCGGUGCGAUCGAUUGCGGAGAAAAAGGUCACACUGAGGACGGUUCGGAAUUUUAUGAAGCUUGGCCGCUCUCGACAUCCGUCGAAAGAAAGUCGCGGUGAUAGCAGCACCGAAGACGAGGGACGAUCGUUGAUAACGGAUUCCGAGGAUGCCUUAAUAGGUCCAGUCAGCUCUGGAGCGCAGAGUAAUCGCACUCAUACGAACGAUCCGUCGCCGGCUGUAACCAGUCCCAGUACCGCCGGAGGAACCACUCAACCGGGCUACGAAAACCUCUCGCAAACGGGCAGUGUACAGUCAAGCGACGGGGAAGACAACACCAAUAACGAGAAAUUGAAAAAGAUCAAAAACCUAGCCAAAUGCAACGACCACCUCAAGUCACAGGACUUCCAAGUGUGCGUGACGAUCAUCGAAGCAAGGCAGCUACCAGGGUUGAACAUGGAUCCCGUGGUGUGCAUCCAAGUAGGCGACCAAAAAAAGUACACCAGUGUCAAAGAAAGCACCAACUGUCCCUACUACAACGAGUAUUUUGUGUUCGAUUUCCACAUGCCACCGGUGAUGCUGUUUGACAAGAUCAUAACACUAUCUGUGAUACACUCACGCAAAUUUAUGCGCUCCGGAACGGUGGUCGGAUCGUUCAAAAUCGACCUGAAAACGGUGUACGACGCUCCGGACCAUCAGUUCUACCACAAAUGGGCUCUGCUAACGGAUCCGGAGGAUUUAGUUUCCGGACCGAAGGGCUAUCUGAAGUGUGACGUCGGCAUCAUUGGCAAAGGCGAUACGGUGAAAGUUCCUCCGAAAUCGGAAAAAGAUCCCGAUGAUAUCGAGGCCAACCUCCUACUGCCGGAUGGAGUUCCCAUCGAACGACAGCGAGCCAAAUUCAUCGUCAAGAUCUACCGAGCCGAUGGUCUCCCACGGAUGAACUCGUCCAUCAUGGCAAACGUGAAACGAGCGUUCACCGGGGAAUCCAAGGAUCUUGUAGACCCGUACGUGCAGAUUUCUUUCGCCGGACUAUCCGGUAAAACAAGCGUCAAAAAAGCAUCCUACAACCCGGUCUGGAACGAACAACUUGUGUUCACCGAGAUGUUUCCACCGCUCUGUCAACGGAUCAAAAUUCAACUGAGAGAUGCAGACCCGAUGAAGCCUUCCAUCAUCGGAACGCACUACAUCGACUUGAAGCAGAUCUCCAACGAUGGGGAGAAGGGUUUCCUGCCGACGUACGGUCCUUCGUUUAUUCAUCUGUACGGAUCAACCCGAGACUACAAUCUGUUGGAUCAGAACUCUAAUCUCAACACCGGUCUCGGCGAAGGAGUUAGCUACCGGGCACGACUUCUGAUAGCUAUUCGAACCGAGAUCACCGAUAACAUCGAAAUGUUGGCCGACAAAAACGUGGAGCUAGAAACCACACUACCCAUCUCGGAGUCAUCGUACUGCAAAAGCGAUGACUUCUUUCUGUUCGGCAGUGUCCUGGAAGCGUCGAUGAUUGACAAAAAGGUUAGCGAUCGACCGGUUUACUUUGAGCUAAGCAUGGGCAACGCCGGUAAUUCGCUGGACGGACACAACGAAAGUGCGGCUUGUCUGAGCGAUGAAGACGAACUGGAAGCCGUGGAUACGACCUCGUACAGCAGUACUACAAGUGCCUCGAAGCCGAUCUCGCACGACAAAAAUCACUUCUUUCUGCCCUACUGGGACAACAAACCGUGCAUGGAUGUGCGCUGUUCAUUUCCGGAUCUGCGGAGACGGAUGUACAACAGCAACAUGAUCGCCAAAAUUACCGAACGGAUGGAGAUCGGGCUAGCGGAAACGAAUCUACUGAUCGAAGAUGAAGAUCCCACGGCUGAAGUGAAGUUGCGGGCAGUGCUGGAAGAGGUAGCCACCAGCUGUAACAAGUACGUGGCGAUAACGAAGGGCGCGCUGGUUGGUCCCGGCACGGGAAAGACGAAAUUGGACAAAGAACGGAUGAAGCUGUGUCUGCGGGAGGUGGAAUCGAUCGGCAACAUGUCUCGGAACCUGCGGGCUUUAGUAACCAAAAGCUCGAUGAAGGAACGCUACAAAACGGCUCACAGCUAUCUGAGCAAGCUUCGGUUUUUAGUGGAGGAUCCUCAGCACGCCCUUCCGGAUGUGUUCGUUUGGAUGAUUGCAAAUGGGAAACGGGUAGCGUAUCAUCGGGUAAGCGCUAGAGAUCUCAUCUACUCGACAACGGAAGAGGAAAACGGAAUAUAUUGCGCUAAAGUUCAGACGAUUUUUUUGAAAUUACCGGGCAAAUUAUCGGAGGGCCCGGCUGGUUGGCAGGUUCGAGCGAAGUUACACAUCUACCUCUGGUUGGGAGUGUUGAAACAUAAGAAAUUCUUCUUCUCUGGACUUCCCCGUGGUUACGAGCUAUCCUAUGAACUGAAGAAUGCCGACAAACCGAACGUUCCGGCACCUUUGGAUGUUCGAUAUGUGGAGAAGCACGUGUUCCAGAUGCGAGCCCAUGUCUAUCAAGCCCGGUCGUUGAUCGGUUCCGAUGCUUCCGGGUUGAGCGAUCCGUAUGCUACGGUUUACGUGACGGAGCUUUCCCGAACGACUCAGGUUAUCGAGGAAACACUGAGCCCCACCUGGGAUGAGCUGCUACUGUUCGAUGAAAUUGUGAUAUACGGAGCGAAGGACGAGAUCAAGAGGGAUCCACCGACGAUUGUUAUAGACAUCUACGAUCAGGAUAAAGUGGGAAAAUCCGAAUUCAUCGGUAGGGCAUUGGCCAAACCAAGAAUCAAACUGAAAGACAAUCACUACUCGAAUCCGGUUCUGGAAUGGUUCGAAAUUGUUCGAGGAUUGGACAACGCUGGUGAACUGCUAGCUGCGUUCGAAUUGCUCGAACUGGGUUCCGAUGAUAUUCCACGGUUGACGGAUCCGAAGUACAUUGCCACCGAGUUUCGUGGUGAUAAGAUGGCACCGUCAACGAUGACGAUUCUUCCGGUUCCGCGAGAGGUACGGCCGAAUCUCGCCCGCUUUCGGAUCGAAGUGUUGUUCUGGGGUUUGCGUGACGUAAAACGAGUUCAUUUUAUGACCGUGGAUAAGCCUAGAAUUGAUAUCGAGUGUUCCGGGAAAAUUCUGAAUUCCAGCAUAAUUCAGAAUGCGAAAAAGAAUCCAAAUUUUUCCAACAUGCUUAAGUUUCUUGACCUAGAACUUCCACUGGAAGAACGGUACGCACCGCCUAUCACGAUCCGUGCCGUUGAUUGCCGAUCAUUCGGACGAUAUACCCUGGUGGGAACCCAUCAGAUAACCUCCAUUCAUAAAUACAUGCACCGAGCUCCACCGAAAGACGAAACCCGACGCAUGAACCAGUGCGGCCAGAUAGUGCUAUCGAGACAAAACGACUUGAUGCCAAACAACACAACCUUACCGACUGACAGCGCCAUGAUGAAGUCCAUGUCCGGCGAUAGCCUCACGCUGUACGGUGCGGCUUGUGUUAGUAAAGUGGCUAAAGGUAAAAAGACGAAAAAGAAACUUGAACACGAGGACACCUUCGACACGGAUGACGACGACGAAUCGAGCAAAGACUGGUGGACCAAAUAUUUCCUUUCGUAUGAGAAACUGAUCGAAUCAUCCAAACCGUCAUCGAAUUUCCGAGGCUUGGAAAAUCAUGUGGCGACAGCCACCGUCGAAGGCGGAAAGAAACUCGGAGUCAAAACCUCAAAGUUUGUAUCUAAACUCAGUCCGAAAUCAACGCCGAAAAAGAUAGUUAAUCCGAACACGGCCACCUGUCAGAUCUAUCCGUGUGAACUGGAAACCCUUCCGGAAUACAACAAUUUCAAAGAAUGGUUGCUGGCUUUUCCCUUGUACCGUGGCAAGAAAACUGGUGACAGCACCGAGGACGAUAAUCGGAUUGUAGGUUUUUUCAAGGGUGCCAUCAAGGUGUACAAACUUCCGAUAGAGAAGGGCAUGGAACCGGCUUUCGCACCCACUCUUCCACUGAACGAUCCAAUUCACGUCCUGGUCAGGGUGUACGUUGUCAAGGCCACCGAUCUACACCCGAUGGACCUAAACGGUAAGGCCGAUCCGUACGUUGUGCUACAGCUGGGUAGCAAACGGGUUUCGGAUAAGGAGAACUACGUCAGUAAACAGCUGAAUCCGGUUUUCGGGAAAUGUUUCGAAAUCGAAGCAACCUUUCCGCAGGAUUCGAUGCUGACGGUGCAAAUUUAUGACUGGGAUUUGGUGGGAUCGGAUGAUUUGAUCGGUGAAACCAAGAUCGACCUGGAGAAUAGAUUCUACAGUAAACACCGGGCACUUUGUGGCAUCGCUGCACGUUACGAGGAUACGGGUUACAACCAAUGGCGCGAUCCGAUGAAACCAACGCAGAUUUUGACGAAACUAUGUAAGGAGAAUAAGCUGGAACCGCCUCAGUAUCUGCAGGAUCGGGUAACAAUCGGAAGGUAUUGUUUUAUGUUCACCAAUGAAGAAAUUCAAGCGUGGAACAGUCCCACGACAUGCAAGUUUCGGGAUGAACAUUUAGCCCUAGCAGUUUUGCACCGAUGGGAAGAGGUUCCUCGAGUUGGUUGUAAGAUCGUACCUGAACACAUCGAAUCCCGGUCGCUGUUCAGCUGCGACAAACCCGGAAUUGAACAGGGAAAACUAGAAAUGUGGGUGGACAUGUUCCCCAUGGAUAUGCCUUUGCCGGGUCCUCCCGUGGACAUUUCUCCUCGAAAACCGAAAUCUUACGAGUUGCGAAUCGUCAUCUGGAAUACGGACGAUGUUGUGCUGGAGGAUGACGCCUUUUUCACUGGCGAAAAAAUGUCAGAUAUCUACGUAAAAGGAUGGUUGACCGGUCCUCAGGAUAUUCAGUCCACAGACAUUCAUUACCGUUCGCUGACCGGCGAAGGCAAUUUCAACUGGCGAUUUAUCUAUCCCUUCGAUUAUUUAGCGGCCGAGGAACGGAUUGUGCUCUCCCGUAAGGAGUCACUCUUCAGUUGGGAUGAAACCGAGGUGAAAAUUCCCGCCCGUCUUGAACUGCAAGUCUGGGACGCGGAUCAUUUUUCGGCGGAUGAUUUUCUGGGGGCCAUUUCGCUGAACCUGAAUCGCUUCCCACGGGGAGCCAAAUCAUCCAAACUGUGCACCCUGGAUAUGCUGAAAACCGAAAACGUACCGAUGGUGAACAUCUUCAAGCAGAAGCGCGUCCGCGGCUGGUGGCCAUUCUUCAUCAAGAAGGAGAACGACGAGAUGGAACUGACCGGUAAGGUGGAGGCGGAAAUCCAUCUGCUGACGAAGGAGGAAGCGGAGAAAAACCCUGCCGGGUACGGCCGGAACGAACCGGAUCCACUGGAGAAGCCUAACCGACCGGACGCAUCGUUCAUGUGGUUCCUGAAUCCGCUCAAGUCCAUCCGGUACAUCGUCUGGCACAACUACAAGUGGCGUAUCAUCAAGGGUCUCAUCAUCAUCGGACUGGCGAUCCUGUUGCUGCUGUUUUUCUACGCCAUUCCGGGUUACUCGGUGAAGAAAAUGCUCGGAGCGUAAUCAUCGGUUGGUUUCCAUUCGAAUUUGCAUAAGACUGUGGCUUUUUAUUUGCAAACUGUGGGUGGAUCCUCCGCAGAUGUACAGACUCUUCAAACAGAAUCCUUUUUUUUCUCCUGCGAAAAAAAAACAACAUAGUAAUAGAAGUGAUUGACAUCGAAUCGAUUUGCAUAUCAGUAUUAGACCACCAAGAAAGGAAGAUUUUGAACUAGUAGUUUUGAACUUUGGAAUCUAAUCGCUCUAACAAACAACCAAUUGAUUGUAGUAUGAAUCCAGUUAUAUCAUGUAAAUAUCGAGUAUCGAAUGCUAUUUGCAAAUAUUUAUUCAGAUAUUCUCUUCAUCUACAGAACAGCAGUCCGAUUUCUAAAAUAUCACAAUCAAAAAUAUUUAUUAGAAACUCUAACAAAACUAGGGAAGGAAAAUCAUCAUGAAAUAUCAGAGAUUUUCUAUACCGGUAUUCAAACUAUGAACGGAUCUUUUAUUGUAGUUAGAAAAAAUUGUACAAAA